CUUAUUUGGAGGCAAGGGAGACUUAAACAUGGCACAUCAAGCUGAACGAGCCGUGUCAAACAAGGCAGCUUACAAGCUAGAUGAGAAGAAAAACUUGACCUACGAUCACUGCAAGAAGAAGGGCCACAUGAAGGACAAAUGCUGGAUACUACAUCCGCACCUCAAGCCCAACAAAUUUAGGGACAACCGCCCUCAAUACCAAGAUGCAAGAGCCAACUUCUCAACUGAUGGUGCUGAGCCAACAACACCAAUCACCAUGGGUAUAAGCAACCUAGGUGUGGGAAGAGCUACUGCCUCCACAUCAGGCUAUGCCACGCCAAGAGCCAAUCUAGAUGAGACCAUCAAGAAGUCUGACUUAACCGCUCUCAUCAAGGCUCUCAAGGAAUCUGGAUAUUGAUUCUAGUAAGUUGCUUGGCAAAGGUGUUACCAAGGGAGACUUGUACUUACUUGAGGACACAAGACCUGUAUCUCAAUUAUCGUGUGUGUUUCAUUCUGUUUCUGAAUUCCCUAAAGAUGAAAUCUGGCAUGCUAGACUAGGACA